AUGGAGACACGGGCAGAGAAGGGCGAGGAGGGCGACGGCGCGCGCAUCACGGCUCAGCUGCUGAAGGCCAGCACCGGGGAGUUUGCUCUGGAGUCCAUCCUGCUGCUGAAGCUGCGCGGCCGCGGCAUCGCCGACCUGGGCUGCCUGGGCGACUGCACCAACCUGGAGUGGCUCGACCUCUCCGGCAACGCCAUCUCGCAGCUGGGCCCCCUGGCCGGCCUCAAAGCCUUGGCCGUCCUCAACCUCUCGCGCAACCGCAUCUCCAGCCUGGAGCCGCUGGGCUCCUGCGAGAGCCUGCAGAGCCUCAACCUGGCGGGCAACCAGGUGAGCAGCCUGCAGCAGCUGCGCUGCCUGGCCGGCCUGCGGCGCUUGGAGAGCCUUCGGCUGCGCGACGCGCUGGGCCAGCUCAGCAACCCCGUCUGCGCCACCGCCGCCUACCGCACCGCGCUGCCCGAGCUGCUGCCCGGCCUGCGGGACGUCGACGGCGAGCGCGUGUCGGGGCGAGGCAGCGAGCUCUUCCAGCUGUGCCGCGACCUCGACAGCUCGCUGGGACGCGGCCCCGGCCCCGCGCCGCCGCGCGCCGCUCAGCCCUGGGUGCGGGCGGGCUUCUGGGAGCCGCCGCCGCUGCGCCGCAGCUCCAUCGUGGAGGAGGCGUACCGGCAGUUCGGCGAGGCGCUGCGGGAGUGCCGCGAGUUGGGCAGGCGAGCCGAUGACACCAUCGCGCAGGCUGAGCGGGCGCUGAGCGGGCGCGCCGACCCCGGAUCCUACGUCUUCUGAGCGGCCCGAAGCCAUCGAGGCG